CGAGAGCCACAUCAGGGGGCAAACGCGAGUCGUCUAUACCCAUUGCUUCGUUAAGACUCUCUCUCCCGGUGCCUUCUUCCUCCUCCGUGGCGAGCGCGGUGGGCAGUAGGAGGGAGGAAAGAGCCAAUUGAGGCGGGGAUUGGAGAAGCCAGAGCACGGAGGGAGGAAAGGAGGCCGAGGCCGGGAUUGGAGAAGCCGACGAAGAAGAAGAACGGCUUCUCUUUCGGCUCCUCAUCCUCUCUGCCUUAAGAUGGCCAACGCUUACCUCCGCCUCUCGCUCGUCGCUUCUCCUCCUCCUCCUCCUCCGCCUCUUCACCCGCCCGUUCUGGACUCACCUCGAUCAAGGGUGUCGCGCCAGCGUCGCCACGGUGCGGCUUCGGUGGCCCUCACCUUCCCUCCCAGGCGAUUGGAUCACUUGAAGGUACAUGCAGUUGUCACUGAGGAUGAGAGGCCAAAGUGGUGGGAAAAAAAUGCAGGGCCAAAUAUGAUCGAUGUUCAUUCAACAGAAGAGUUUAUACAUGCACUAAAAGAAGCUGGUGAUAAACUCGUAAUUGUUGAGUUCUAUGGCACAUGGUGUGCUUCUUGUCGAGCCUUGUAUCCCAAGCUUUGCAAAACAGUACAAGAAAAUCCAGACAUAGUAUUCAUCAAAGUGAAUUUUGAUGAGAACAAGCCAAUGUGCAAAAGGCUGAACGUUAGAGUGCUUCCUUAUUUCCAUUUCUAUCGAGGUGCUGAUGGACUGUUGGAAUCUUUUUCAUGUUCCUUGGCAAAGUUUCAGAAGAUAAAGGAUGCCAUUGCAAUACACAACACCAAUCGAUGCAGCAUCGGGCCACCUAUUGGUGUGGGGGAGGUCGACCUCUUUGAAAGCUCGCCACCUCAACAACAGCCUGCAGAAGCUGGUUCAAGAUAACUACAUAUCAUUAAUCACCCAAAUCCUCUAAAGCAUGUGUCACUGCCUGAUCCUGGUGUGCUACAGUGGUUUGUUUGUUGAUGGUCUCAUUCUUUUCCAGCUUGGAAGGUAAAGCAACUACAAUCUUUAUUAGUCUAGACUCUAGAAUUUUCAGUGUACUAUAUGCUUUAGCUAAUUGUAAUCCUUUGUUGCUUUAUCAUAUAGUUGACUUGUAUCAAGUCAUGGACCUCCCAGAAAGAGAUUUAUCAGUGUUCUUCAUUUGGUUGGAGUAACACUUGUACUGCAUGUGCCCUAGCAAUGCAUUUGUCAUCAGAAACUCAUCUCAAAAGUGUUGUAUUAGAUGCUGUAUAUGGUCAACUAAGGAUGCUAUAAUGGAUGCUGUAUAUGUAAAAUUAGAUGCUAUCAUGGAAUUAAGGAUGCUGUUCAUCCUUUUAUGGAUUCUAGUGCUGGUGCUUGGAAGGGCCAUUAUGCUUCUCCUGCGAGGGCUAAUAAUUGACAGACAUGGUCUUUUUCUUCUA